UGGGAGGAGAGAAGGGCAGGACCACAAGCCUGCGAGAGGCUGUGGCCUACAGCCGGGGAGAGGCCAGCCCAGCCUACAGUGCAGACACAGGACAGAGGGGAGCCAGGUUCUUUGCACUGACCAACACUGAGAGCAGACCCUCGGAGCAGCCGGGUCGGAAGUGUUUCACGUCAGUCACCAGACAGAUCCAGGAUAGGAUGGGCAGCCCAGUGCACCGAGUGUCAUUGGGGGAUACCUGGAGCAGGCAAAUGCACCCCGACAUGGAGAGCGAGAGGUAUAUGCAGUCCUUUGACGUGGAACGGCUCACCAACAUCCUUGAUGGAGGUGCCCAGAACACUGCUCUCCGGAGGAAAGUUGAGAGCAUCAUCCACAGUUACCCAGAGUUUAGCCGUAAGGACAAUUAUUUCAUGACCCAGAAUGAGCGUUAUAAGGCUGCCAUGCGGAGGGCAUUCCACAUCCGGUUGAUAGCACAGCGCCUGGGUUGGUUGGAAGAUGGUCGUGAAUUAGGCUAUGCUUACAGAGCCCUUUCUGGAGAUGUGGCUUUAAAUAUACACAGAGUCUUCCUGAAAGCCCUCAGGAGCCUGGGCUCAGAGGAACAGAUUGCCAAAUGGGACCCACUCUGCAAAAACAUCCAGAUCAUCGCAACGUAUGCACAGACAGAGCUGGGACAUGGGACAUAUCUUCAGGGCCUGGAGACUGAAGCCACCUAUGACGCAGCCACCCAGGAGUUUGUGAUACACAGCCCCACGCUGACUGCCACCAAAUGGUGGCCUGGAGACCUGGGACGGUCAGCCACCCAUGCCCUGGUCCAGGCCCAGCUGGUCUGCUCAGGAGCCCGGCGGGGCAUGCACGCUUUUAUUGUGCCAAUCCGGAGUCUUCGGGACCAUACCCCACUGCCAGGAAUCAUCGUUGGGGACAUCGGGCCCAAGAUGGACUUUGAUCAAAUGGACAACGGCUUCCUGCGGCUGAACCAUGUGCGGGUCCCCAGGGAGAACAUGCUGAGUCGCUUUGCACAGAAAUGCUCGUCACAUAGGCUGACGGAGCAGUCGUGGGGUGGAGCUGCAGCCCCAGGAGAGGAUAGAGCUGAGGUCUUGCCAGAUGGCACAUACAUCAAACUCGGGACAGCACAGAGCAACUACCUUCCCAUGGUGGUGGUGCGGGUGGAGCUGCUGUUAGGGGAGGUCCUCCCUACACUGCAGAAGGCCUGUGUCAUCGCCACGCGCUACUCAGUCAUCCGCCGCCAAUCCCAGCUCCGGCCCAGUGACCCAGAGGCAAAGGUCCUGGACUACCAGACGCAGCAGCAGAAACUCUUUCCUCAGCUGGCCAUCAGUUAUGCCUUCCAUUUCCUGGCAGUCAGCCUCUUGGAGUUCUUCCAGCACGCCUACACUGCCAUUCUGAACAGAGACUUCAGCUUGCUGCCUGAGCUCCACGCACUGAGCACAGGCAUGAAGGCCAUGAUGUCGGAAUUCUGCACUCAGGGAGCUGAGAUGUGCCGCAGGGCCUGUGGCGGACACGGCUACUCAAAGCUGAGUGGCCUGCCAUCACUGGUCACCAAAUUGUCGGCCUCCUGCACCUAUGAGGGUGAGAACACAGUGCUCUACCUGCAGGUGGCCAGGUUUCUGGUGAAGAGCUACCUGCAGACUCAGAUGUCCCCUGGCUCCACGCCACAGAGAUCUCUCCCUCCAUCUGUCGCGUAUCUCGCCACACCUGACCUGGCCAGGUGUCCAGCCCAGAGGGCAGCCGACUUCCUCUGCCCAGAGCUCUACACCACAGCCUGGGCACACGUGGCAGCAAGACUGAUAAAGGACUCAGUGCACCAUUUACAGACCCUGACGCAAUCCGGAGCUGACCAGCACGAGGCCUGGAACCAGACCACUGUCAUACACCUCCAGGCUGCUAAGGCGCACUGCUACUAUGUCACUGUGAAGGGUUUUACAGAAGCUCUGGAGAAACUAGAAAAUGAAUCAGCGAUUCAGCAGGUGCUCAAGCGCCUCUGUGACCUCCAUGCCAUACACGGAAUCUUGACUAACUCGGGUGACUUUCUCCAUGAUGCCUUCCUGUCUGGUGCCCAAGUGGACAUGGCAAGAACAGCCUACCUGGACCUGCUCCGCCUGAUCCGGAAGGAUGCCAUCCUGUUAACUGAUGCUUUUGACUUCACCGAUGAGUGUUUAAAUUCAGCACUUGGCUGUUAUGAUGGAAAUGUUUAUGAACGCCUGUUCCAGUGGGCUCAGAAGUCACCAACCAAUACUCAGGAGAACCCUGCCUAUGAGGAAUAUAUAAGACCACUAUUACAAAGUUGGAGAUCCAAGCUAUGAAAUAACCAACAGUAUUCAAGAAGCAACCAGCACCAUCAUGUGAUACUGGUACUAUGGCAUAUAUGCAACAUUAAAAUUUUAAAUUAGA